AAAACAUCGCCACCACUCGAACAUGCAUUCGGCAAUAUGUCACCACUAAGCUCACCAACGUGCUCAUGUUCCAUCAGCGCCUCAGAUUCAUCACCAAAAAACUACUAUGACUAUGAUGAGGAUAAUGACGGUGCGAUGGACAGCGACGAGAUCAGUAUCCAUAUCCCGGCCACAACAACCACUCCAUCGGAGACAUUCGAUGGGGGUUCCCAUACACUUGCCACUGAUCCGGCAGCACACGGCACUGAUCACGAUCACGAUCAAGCAAGAAUUGCUAACUCGAUUUCGGCUUCUUCUAAUUGCUGCUACUGCUGCAAUUGCUGCUGUAGUACUAGCAAUCUACAGCCCAAUACUUCCUCAUAUCAUCAACUAAUUCUCAGUGAGCAUCAUCAUCACCCAUUGCUAUCUCCACCUCCGACUACUGCCAACACACUGAUCAGCAGCAAAACUUUGCAAACGGCCACUCAUCAUAACGAUGACGAGACCACGAACACAGCAACAGCUACUACUACUAAUGAAGCGGUAGCAUUGACCGCAGCUUAUGAUCAGCCUCCUCACUUCGAUGAUCCAUCAGAUCAUGGCAAUCUGGAUGAUCCUAGUGCUACUUGUAAAGAGUCAUCGUCUAAAAAGAAGACCUCACAACACCGCAAAUCGAGUACUGCCUCAUCGGUACAUUCUGAGACACGAACCAAUUUAAUACUACACAAUGUUGGACGUACCAUACAAAGGACGCAUAAUCAUUUGAAGCGUAGCCGUCUGCUGCAUGCCUUCUAUUUCUUUGCACUCCCCAUUUAUACAGUACUUGGUGCACUCGUCUUUCAAGCUCUUGACGGCGAACACGAUGACUCAAUGAAACGGGAAUACGAUCGCAGAUGUCAAAGUGCUCGUUUAGAACACCUUGAUCAGUUAAAACUCGCUUGUACACAUACACCGGACACUUGUUUUACCAAGAUGAAAGCGUAUUUGGAGCACGUGGAAAGCUGCUAUCGUACAUGGCAUGCUGUCAAUCGAACUAUCACGCAUCCUAUGUCCGACCUUACUAAUGCCAUUGUCUACGCUUUCAGUGUAUAUACAACAAUUGGCUACGGUAAUAUGGCUGCCGAUACGAUCGGAUGCCGUGUGGCCACAGUCAUCUACGGUGCUUUCGGAAUACCGCUUUUCUUUGCGUUUAUCAAAGAGGAGGGCAAUCUCUUUCGAUUGUGUUUCAUUUGCAUCUAUAAAUACUUACAAAAAGUUCGCAUCAGAAUUUUCCAAUGGUGGCGACGAAAUGUUCGUUCACGUACACUUCGAUCACAAUCGUCUGCGAUCAGAUCAACAAGUACUACUCAACUCUAUAGCACUAACCAAAAUGGCUCUGUAAGGCGUAAGAACAAUUUGGUGGCGCAACCAUCUUACUUCAACCAAACCGUUGCAAUUCUAGUGGAAAAAGCGCAACAUUUCACUAUCUCCUCACCAGCCAACCACAACAAUAACGAUUCCACUAACAAUAAUGACAACAAUAACACAAAAAUUACUCGCAACUCUAAUGCUAACAUACCAUUUAUUCGUAAACUAAGUGCUGGUUCACUGUUCGGUGGCACUUCUGGUGGCGGUGGUGGCUUAGGCUUAGCAGGUGGAGCUGGCACUGGGGCUAGGGCUGGAGCUGGAGCUGGAUUUCGAGCUGGCACUGGGGCUGGGGCUGGAGCUGGAGCUGGAGCUGGAUUUCGAGCUGCGACUGGCACUGGCGCUGGGAGCCUACGUUUAAGUUGCUCUCCAAAAGGGCCUCGAAAAAGUAUUUCUGAGCAACGGAGGGUAUUUAUCGCCGGUGUGGCAGUUUUUAUCGUUUAUCUACUCGCCAUUAGUGGUGUGUUCACGAUGAUGACCGAUUGGGAUUAUUUCACAGCGUUUUAUUUCCUCUUCAAUAGCGUUGCGCUGAUUGGUUUCGGUGAUAUUUUCCCGGCUGAACCAAAAAUUAUUCUUGUAAAUACGCUCUUCAUUGUGAUGGGUGUCAUACUAUUUUCCAUGUGCUAUUUCAUUUUACAAGAGGAAAUCCGUGUCAAGGCAUUUGAAGCGAGUCGUCGUGCGCGAAUGAGUAUCUGUAAAUAUUCGCAUACAAUCAUGCAGCACACCAAAAACCCGUGGUCACGUCGUAAUUCGCCUGCAUUCGAUAGUGGCAGUAGUCCGGAGCCGAACUCAGCGUUCGACAAGCUCCGUAAGAGACGUCAAAGCGCUCCGGCUGUGUCGCUGACCGUUCCUCCACCAGCCUUUUUCACGUCACAGCUCACUACCAGCCCACCCCCCACUAGUACAUCACGAUCGCCAUCCUCUCAACACCUCUAA